GGAUUAGAGAAUAUUCUGACUUACUGCGUCGUCGUCCUCCAAACGGAGAUCAUCGAAGAUCAUUCUGCGUAGUUGCUCAUGAAUGGGCAAUUUCAUCACGCGGUAGCUUCCCAUUGGCCUCGCCGCGCCGAAUCAUAAAAAGCUUGCUGUGCUCGACGAUGAGACAGAUCCGUAUAUAUAGAAUGGGUUCCUCUUGCUUUCACUCUGCAUGGGGGGACAAAUUUCAUAAGAAAUUGACAAUGAAAAUGUUUAAAGUUUUAGUGGUUCUGGGACUAUUUUUAGCUGCAAUUUCAACUGCUACUCCUGAGGUAACUGUAUCCUGUAUGAUGGUUUAUGAUGAUGGUGGUGCUCCUGCUGUUUUUGAAUCUCCAGAAUGUCCUCAAUGGAACCCCUCCCAUCGAUCCCAAAAUCAAACUCGAAACUGCCAGUUUGCCAUGCUUCAGGGCCAUAGGGAGUAUCAAGAGGAUCGCAUUACAUGUGAUCUUGACAUGAAAAUCCCAUUUCUUGGAAAACAUGGCCCUCAGGAGGUUUCAGUUGGUGUAGCGGCAGUGUUUGAUGGUCAUGGUGGUAAGGAGACUAGUGAGAUGGCUUCAGAUAAAUUGCUGGACUACUUUUUCUUGCAUAUUGUAUUCAACAUAUACAAACAAGUUUCACUUAAAAAUUUCAAUCAGAUCAACAUUCCUGAUGAAGGUCCACCCAUAUCUGAUGAUGAAUUGAUGCAUGAAAUUCUGAAGAAUGCUUUGUUAAGGACGAUUCAUGAUAUUGAUACAGAAUUUUCACAGGAAGCUUUUCGUACUGGAUCUUAUGCUGGAUCAACUGCCACCAUUGUUCUCUUGGUAGAUAGUCAAAUUUUAGUUGCUAAUAUUGGUGAUUCUAAAGCGCUUCUAUGCUCAAAGAAAAUUAAAUCUCCUUUGAGGGCUGAAGGUACUUCAACAGAGCUUAAUGUGGAAGAACUGACAAGAGAUCAUCAUCCAGACAGAGAUGAUGAGAAAGCCCGAAUUGAAGCUGCUGGUGGAUUCGUGUGCACUCGGGGUGUGCCUCGUGUCAAUUGUAUAUUGGCUGUAUCCCGGUCAAUAGGUGAUGUGUACUUAAAAAGGUAUGGCGUCAGUCCUGUGCCUGAAGUGGUAGGUUGGCAAAAUUUAACUGCUCGCAAUAGCUAUUUAGUAGUUGCAUCUGAUGGCAUCUUUGAAAGUUUGAGUCUGCAAAAUGUUUGUGAUCUUUUGCUGGUUGGAAAUACGACUUUGUCUUCCUCCUUGGCUCAUUGCCUGGUCCAGAAAGCAUUCGAGAAAGGCAGUGGGGACAACUUGUCAGCCAUUGUAAUUCCACUGAAUUUCUCUGGCUCCUCCCGUUAACCUGCUGAGAAGAGUGUGAUUCUUGAAAAAAUCUUCAUUUUUGGCUUUCAACCAAUGCCUACAGUUAGAUCCAUAUUUUUUAACUUUCUGUUUCAGAAAUGAAACCGAGAACUUUUUCCUCUUUUGCAAUGAGUUCAUCCAGAGGAAAUUAGGAACUUUCGGAGGCCUUUACUUUAAAUUCUGUUGUUCCAAUGUCCUAGAGAUUUAUUUUUCUUUCUUGUAUCGACAUUUUAGGCGGAACUCUUCUAAGGAAUAUCAAAGCUAAAUUCAUU